CGGCCGCUCACUUUUGGAAUCUCUCUCCGAUGAAGACCGCCGCUGCCUCGAUCGCCCGCCGCUUUAGCCACGCCGCUUCGCCGCGGGACGUUGUCAUUGUCAGCUACGCGCGUACGCCGAUCGCUACGUUCAACGGUGCGCUCUCGAGCUUGACCGGCCCCGAACUCGGUGCGAUCGUCAACAAGGCUGCGAUCGAGCGUGCUGGUAUCAGCGUGAACGACAUCCAGGAAGCGUACCUCGGCAACGUCGUGAGCGCUGGCAUUGGCCAGGCGCCGGCGCGCCAGUCGGUCCUCAAGGCCGGUAUUCCCGACUCGGUCCCGUGCACGACGGUCAACAAGGUCUGCGCGUCCGGCAUGAAGGCGAUCGCGAUGGCGUCGCAGGCCAUCAUGGCCGGCAGCCAGGACAUCAUGCUCGCCGGUGGUUUCGAGAGCAUGAGCAACAUCCCGUACUACUUGCCCAAGGCGCGGUCGGGCUACCGCCUCGGCGACGGCAAGCUCGUCGAUGGUGUCAUCCACGACGGUCUCUGGGACCCGUACAACAACCAGCACAUGGGCAUGUGUGGCGAAAAGUGCGCGACGGACUUUGGCUUCUCGCGCGAAGAUCAAGACAACUUUGCCAUCGCUUCGUACACGCGUGCGGCGGCCGCGGCCAAGGCCGGCAAGUUUGAAGCCGAGAUCGUCCCGGUCUCGAUCAAGCAAAAGAAGGGCGACCCGAAGAUUGUCUCGGCCGACGACGAGAUCUACAACGUCAAGCUCGACAAGAUCCCGACGUUGCGCCCGGCUUUCAAGAAGGACGGCACGGUCACGGCCGCCAACGCGUCGCCCCUCAACGACGGCGCCGCGGCCCUCGUUGUCAUGUCGCGCGAGCGUGCGAACGCGCUCGGCCUCAAGCCCCUGGCGCGCAUCCGUGGUUUCGGUGACGCCGCCCACAAGCCCGUGGACUUUACGACCGCGCCGUCCAAGGCCGUUCCGAUUGCGGCCAAGCACGCUGGCCUCCAGCUCUCGGACAUUGAGUACCACGAGAUCAACGAAGCGUUCUCGGUCGUGGCCCUCGCCAACAUGGAGCUCAUGAAGCUCGACCACAGCCGCGUCAACGUCAACGGCGGUGCCGUCGCGCUCGGCCACCCGAUCGGCAUGUCGGGCGCCCGCAUUGUCGGUACGCUCAUCCACAUUUUGGAGCAGAACGACGCGACGAUCGGUGCGGCCUCCAUCUGCAACGGCGGCGGCGGCGCUGGCGCGCUCAUCAUCGAGCGGUUGUAAGAACUCGAACGUGACGUACGCUACAGAA